AUGACAAACACAGACGCCCCGUCAACUUCAUCUCUGCACGGCAAAACAGCCCUCAUCACUGGGGGCAGUCGUGGAAUUGGAGCUGGAAUUGCUUUACAAUUCGCGCGGAAAGGAAUUGCUGCCCUCGCCAUUACCUACGCCGGCAAUAUCAAAGGCGCAGAAGACACACUCUCACAAUGCCGUUCUAUCUCACCUUCCCUGAAGACCGUCGCCAUCCAAGCCAAUCUGCUGGACCCUUCUAUCGGCCCCAAUCUCAUUUCCAAGACUCUGGAUGGAAUCAAUGCAACACACAUCGACAUAGUGGUCAACAAUGCCGCCGUGCUGGACAUGUCUGCACUCGAAGCAUUUACCGACACUACCCUCACUGGGUUUACCCAGAUGAUGCAAGGCAACGUCUUUGCCGCGAUGAGCAUUAUCAGCGCUGUUCUUCCCUACCUCCCGCCGAAAGGAGGCCGGAUAAUCAAUAUCUCCAGCAUAGCGAGCAAGAUGGCGAACUCCGACCGAAUUCUGGUCUACGGCGCUUCCAAGGCCGCGCUAGACAGUAUUACUCGCUCCCUAGCGUUCAUAUUCGGCGUACAGACCGGGGCCACGUUCAAUAGCGUCAACGUUGGGCCUACUCGAUCGGGGGCGACACUAGCAGCCGCGGAAAGUUUCGGACAGGCAAUGCUUGACAGUACCAUCGAACCGAUUACGACCGAGAAAAGAAUGGGUGAGCCGGAGGACGUGGGAUUCGUGGUCGCUUUUCUGGCGAGCGGAGAGGCUCGAUGGAUCAACGGACAGUCGAUCCCAGCAAACGGAGGCUAUAAGGAGCUACUGUCCCUGCAAGGGUAG